AUGUCCUACAACCUCCCCACAAACGGCCCUUCCUUUUCAAGCGCACCCCCGUCAGACCAAGACAGCUACUGGCGGGCCUCAAACCGUCCAAGCUAUGCGAAUAGCCAGACCCCCAGCAGUAACAUCGGUGCACGGCUACACGACUUCUUCUCCGAAGGACAGCGUUUGCCCAUGUACAAAGACAAGCCACACUAUCAACCUCGGAGGCGGCGUAGCUUGUGGCGGAGGAAACGGGUUUUCGGGCUUGUGAGCUUCGUGCUACUAGGGUAUUUCUGGUGGGUGGGAUUGCUCCCUGUUGGGCGUGUCAGCAGAUCGAACGCGAGAAAAGGUGCAAAUGAUGGGUGGUCUUGGCUACACCCUGGAAAAGUGGGUGAUUUGAGGGUAUGGGAUGAAAGGAGGGACAAAGUCACAGAAGCGUUCAAGAUCAGUUGGGACGGAUAUGAAAAGUAUGCCUGGGGUAUGGAUGAAUACCAACCAAUUUCUAAAAAGGGUAGGAACAUGGUAGAAGGUGGCAUGGGAUGGAUCAUCGUUGAUGCCUUGGACACCAUGAUCAUGAUGAAUCUGACCUCCCGAGUCAAGCAUGCCCGAGAAUGGAUUGCCACCUCUUUGAAUUAUAAUGCCCACCAUGAGGUCAAUACUUUCGAGACAACUAUACGUAUGUUGGGUGGUCUGCUGUCUGCACACUACCUGUCUACCACUUUCCCUGACCUUGCGCCCCUACAGGAGGACGACGUAAAUCAGCCGGGAGAAGACCUCUACAUCGAGAAAGCAACCGAUCUGGCAGACCGGAUCCUCGGUGCAUUUGAGUCCAAAUCUGGCAUACCGUACGCGAGCUUCAAUCUUAACACAUCCCUAGGAGUGCCAUCACAUACAGACGCAGGAGCAUCAUCGACCGCCGAAGCCGCGACGCUUCAAUUAGAGUUCAAAUACCUAGCCAAGCUGACUGGCGAAACGCACUACUGGGAAAAGGUUGAGAAGGUUGUCGAGGUUAUCAGCAACAACCACAUGCCUGAUGGGCUACUACCGAUAUUUAUCUAUGCCGAUACAGGUUCAUUUCGCGGUGAGAACAUUCGCCUUGGCUCUCGCGGAGACAGCUACUACGAGUACCUCAUCAAACAAUAUCUGCAGACAUCGGAAGGGGAGCCAAUAUACCUAGAGAUGUGGAACGAAUCUCUUGAAGGGAUCAAGAAACAUCUCCUUACCUACUCCAAACGUGCCUCGCUCACUGUGCUGGCCGAGCGUCAAAACGGUCUCUCUAGCCCGAUGACACCAAAGAUGGAUCAUCUGGUUUGCUUCCUGCCCGGUACUAUUGCCCUUGGAGUCACUGGCGGAUCAAGUGUCUCCGAGGCAAAAGCCCGCUUGGGCUCGGCGUGGACGAAGAAGCAUGACGAAGACCUGGAGCUGGCGAAGGAGCUGAUGAAGACGUGUUGGGGUAUGUACAAGGUCAUGGAGACCGGACUCGCCCCUGAAAUCGCAUAUUUCGAGUUGGAUGAUCCGCCACGGAAGUGGGUACCAUUGGAUCAAGAUCCUCCGGAGAGUGCAUCGCUGCACGAGUCGCAUGAUGCGCAAUGGCGCAAAGACUAUGAUAUCCAUCCAAAUGACGUCCACAACCUGCAAAGACCAGAAACAGUGGAGAGUCUGUUCUACAUGUAUCGCAUCACCGGUGACACCAUGUACCGAGAAUGGGGCUGGGAGAUGUUUCAGUCGUUCGUGAAGCACACCCAGGUCUACGAUGAUGAUGGGGUUCCGUACGCCUUCACGAGUCUGGACAGUGCCAAACACGUUCCGGCACGCCAGCGGGAUAACAUGGAGAGUUUCUGGCUAGCCGAGACGUUGAAAUACAUGUUCCUGCUGUUCUCACCGGAAAGCGAUUUUCCCUUGGAUGAGAUCGUGAUCAAUACUGAAGGCCACAUCUUUCCCCGCUUCCAGAUGGGCAAGAUCUUCAAGACUGGAUGGAAACCGGGAGCAGCAAGGGAGGCACACGAGGUAAAUUCAGAAGAGACGCGCGUGAUCAGAGUGGAAAAUGUCGAUGGACCUGUAGGACUAAAGGGCGGGCACGGAUGA